AUGCCUAGUGGUUUCCCUGUUCAUGCAGUUGCCCUUUUACAUGUAAUAAUUUACACUCAUGUCGGGCAAACAAUCCCACAGACAAUAACGGCUGAAACCUUUGGAAAGGCGCAAGAUGAACAAACCUACGUGCCGAAACGUUUAAGGUCCGUUUGUUUUGACCGCUGUGCCAAGGAAGCUAAGGUUAGUCCAUGUAACUUGCAUUUAAACUCAAGUUUUUAUCGUCUGGCUCAAAAUACACAAGCACCAGAUAUAUUUAGUGUCGUGACUUCGGCCCUUGAUGUGAUAAUGAGCGUGAAACAUACACGUUUUUGUGUGAGAGGAAAACACUAAUUCAAUCACAAAAGGGAAGCUUUACUUUAGGUUAAAUAAGAGAUUCUCGCAACCUUAGUUUUCGACAUCAGGAUUUCCAACUCUUUUUGGCCGUAUACGUGAGGGCUUCCUCUCGUUAUUAACCAUAAAUUAUUCGCGACAUGUAUCUCCCGUUUUCCCGCAAGACUUACUUUAAAACAAAAAAUGCAAACGCACACAAAAUAAUGGGACACCUCAGUAAAGGAUACAAGUAUGUAUAUGUUGAAACUGUUCUGAUCUCCCAACAUAGGCCAUUUACGCUAGCCUGGUAUUAUAUCAAAAUAUGAUAUAGGAAGCAAACAUGUUUUAUUCUCAUGCCUACGGUGUUGACACAAAUGCGCUAUACCACAUUUACCUUCAUUCAAUUCAAUCGAUUGUUAAAGUUUAAAUUAAGAAUAUUUUUUGUUUUCUAUACCUACAUUUUUAAAAACCUUCACGUAAUGCAUCUUAAGAACACUUUGCCAAAAAAAAAAAAGACCUUGUUUCUUUCGUCGUUGUCCGUAUACUUUGAAUAUAUUUAAAUAAUAGGAAUUUAUACCUUUUUUCCAUAGUUUGUUUGGCAAUUUAUUUCAAAGGCAAAUAAGUUAAUUGAGGGCAGAAUAAAAAGCUUUUAACUGGAGAUUCCUUCUACUAAAACGUUGCCAAAGGUGGCAAUUCAGAGUGGAUUUUCACUUCUCAAAUACUGCAUUUACGCAGUUCACAAGUGAAUAAUGGUACCACAAAGACAUAAAGCACUUUGCUUUCUGUAUUUUCGACAUCUAUUUACAUUUUUGAAGAAAACUGAAUAUUUAAUCAGCACAUACAACAAUGCAAGUGUCUCGAAAGUACAAGUCAGAAACCGAAUUUAGAGCAGAAAAAAAAUGUGUACAACACUGUCUCAGCCAAAUAAUAUUGGACUUGGUGCUACUACGUUCCUUGCAGAAUAUGACAAAUCACGACUUAACGGUAGCAUUCUAAUCUCACUAUUACGACAGACUGUGGAAAGUAAUUAAGGCCCAUUUUUCACUGACUUACACCACACUGAAUACAGGAAGUGUUCAGGCGAACGGGUUCGUUUGUUUUUUUUAGCUCGCCGAGUGAUAUUAUUUGCUCUUCGUGAUAGCUAUGACGUCAUCCACAGACUCUUGGAUCCUGAUAGGUUGACUACCACGAAUUAUUUUAGUGUCUAUUGUCAUCAAGACACUGCACUGAAAACGAGUUGUGCACAUGUCUUCUGACAGAUACAAUUUCCGUUCUGUUGCUGGCAACAAGUAGUGCUGCACAACUUGGAAUAGCUCGAAUAGGAACUUUUCAGCAAACUAUGUGGUGUUUUGCUUGACGAUUGUUAUGCCUAGUGGUUUCCCUGUUCAUGUAGUUGCCCUUUUACAUGUAAUAAUUUACACUUAUGUUGGGCAAACAAUCCCACAGACAAUAACGGCUGAAACCUUUGGAAAGGCGCAAGAUGAACAAACCUACGUGCCGAAACGUUUAAGGUCUGUUUGUUUUGACCGCUGUGCCAAGGAAGCUAAGGUUAGUCCAUGUAACUUGCAUUUAAACCCAAGUUUUUGUCGUCUGGCUCAAAAUACACAAGCACCAGAUAUAUUUAGCAGAGGUCGAUGUCGUGACUUCGGCCCUUGAUGUGAUAAUGAGCGUGAAACAUACACGUUUUUGUGUGAGAGGAAAACACUAAUUCAAUCACAAAGGGAAGCUUUGCUUAAGGUUAAAUAAGAGAUUCUCGCAACCUUAGUUUUCGACAUCAGGAUUUCCAACUCUUUUUGGCCUUAUACGUGAGGGCUUCCUCUCGUUAUUAACCAUAAAUUAUUCGCGACAUGUAUCUCCCGUUUUCCCGCAUGACUUACUUUAAAACAAAAAAAGCAACCGCACACAAAAUAAUGGGACACCUCAGUAAAGGAUACAUGUAUUUAUAUGUUGAAACUGUUCUGAUCUCCCAACAUAGGCCAUUUACGCUAGCUUGGUAUUAUAACAAGAGAUGAUAUAGGAAGCAAACAUGUUUUUUAUUCUCGUGCCUACGGUGUUGACACAAAUGCGCUAUACCACAUUUACCUUCAUUCAAUUCAAUCGAUUGUUAAAGUUUAAAUUUAGAAUAUUUUUUGUUUUCUAUACCUACAUUUUUAAAAACCUUCACGUAAUGCAUCUUAAGAACACUUUGCCAAAAAACAAAGACCUUGUUUCUUUCGUCGUUGUCCGUAUACUUUGAAUAUAUUUAGAUAAUAGGAAUUUAUACCUUUUUUCCAUAGUUUGUUUGGCAAUUUAUUUCAAAGGCAAAUAAGUUAAUUGAGGGCAGAAUAAAAAGCUUUUAACUGGAGAUUCCUUCUACCAAAACGUUGCCAAAGGUGGCAAUUCAGAGUGGAUUUUCACUUCUCAAAUACUGCAUUUACGCAGUUCACAAGUGAAUAAUGUACCACAAAGAUAUAAAGCACUUUGCUUUCUGUAUUUUCGACAUCUAUUUACUUUUUUGAAGAAAACUGAAUAUUUAAUCAGCACAUACAACAAUGCAAGUGCCUCGAAAGUACAAGUCAGAAACCGAAUUUAGAGCAGAAAAAAAAUGUGUACAACACUGUCUCAGCCAAAUAAUAUUGGACUUGGUGCUACUACGUUCCUUGCAGAAUAUGCAACUUGUUUCUUAUAGUGUGAUUGACAACUACUAUAGUUGUAAGCAGGUGAACCCCACGUUUGUUUACUUUUUAAAUCAUUUUAAAUAUUACCACCAUGCAAAUCCUGCUGGGAUAAAAUUGAAGCCCAGUGAUGCUAUUCAUGCACCUAGUUCACUGGCUCACCUGGCUCAUCAGUGCACACAAUAUUAUUAGUACAUCCAUAUUUGUUGCACACUGGUUUGCAAUAAUUCCCUGAGUAAUGCUUCUAUCAGACCUGCUAUAAAUUUCCAUUGUCAAUUAACAUUUUUUAAUUAAUGACUUGGCUAUAGUUUUUUUUUACUCAGCCUUUUUUCACCAUACUAACAAAUUUAACACCUAAGUAUAUAAAAAUUAAUUCAAAACAUGGUCAAAAUAAAAUAUAAAAUUCUGACCCUAUUUUUUCUCUUCCAAAGCUUAUCUGCAGAGUACAAGAAAUAAUUUGUUAACAACUCUUUAAAGAAAGGCCUAUGGUAGUCAUGAAAUGUUUAAUAGCUGAGCUUCUCUUAGAUAGCAGUCUCCUUCCAUAAGCUUUAUUAGACCUCAUUUCAACAACAUCCAUAAGCGACUUAAAAAUUAAUGUCCUCUCAGUGUUAAGCGACUAGGUAUAAUUUUUCUGAUAAAACCACCAUGAGUUCUAAUGAAUAUAACAAUCAAUAUUCAUUGACAUGACAUGAUCUAUGUGAAAACAACUAUAAUAACCCAGCCACUGACAUUAAGUAAAACAAAAAACUUCAAGUGUAUCAGUAGACAGUCCUUUUUAAAGGAUACACAAUGCUCAUGUUUAUUGGCCAUAUUUUUUCCAGGUUAUUUUUAAAGAGUGUAUGCAAAGCUGCCAAAAGGAAUCAACAUUAGGUAAUAUACCUGCUACUGAAUUUAUUAUAUAACAAACUUCUUCUUACAUGGUUAGCUUGCAACUUCUUUUACCCUAUAAUAAUUUUUUUUAUUGAAAAGCCUUCAGUCGUUCUAAUUUUUUUGCUCUGCUUAUGGAUUAAAUCCUAAGGGUGUAACCCCCCAUCCAAAUGAGUUCUUCUCAGCAGUAUUUUCACUUCGUACUGUUUGUCUUUUGUCAUUUUACAAAAAAAAUUGGAAGUUUUGUCAAACUCACUUUGGUCGCUAGGGGAGAGAGAGUAGGGUAGGAUAAAUUCUGAAUUGAGUUUUACAUAUUCUACAGUAGGUAACAUGCAGUAGCACUUUGUUCUAACACAAACAAUUCAAAGCUGCUUACAUCCCAUCAUAAGUAACACACAAAUGGGUUUUAUCCCUACUGCAUGUUGCUUUAACAUAAAAAAGAAGUGCUUUUUACUACUUAAAAGAUACAAUUGCUUAAUCUACCAUUCUCAAAAUGUGUAAUAAUUAAUUGUCACAUAUUGUAAAAAGAAUGCCUAUUGUAAGAAGACAGAAAAGCACCCUCUUCUAGCAGUUUCUCUCUGCUGUAGCUUUUAACGUGGUACAAUACAAUGUCAUGUAAGUCAUUGUGACAUAGUGAGUAGUUAGGUUGUUUAAGUUCUACUCGGGGACAAUAUGAACCCAUUAAGAGCAAUGGCAAUAAAACAUGGUAUGAAAGUCAUUUUGACAUAAUGAGUAGUUAGGUUGUUUAAGUUCCACUCUGGGACAAAUAUGAAUCGACUAUGAACAAUUGCAAUAAAACACAUCAGAAAGAAGCCUCUGCUAGCUGAAGGGUGACAGAAUUUAACGGAUCCAGUUUGGAUUGCUGACAGUGUAUGUGACAUCACUUGGAUUUUGGAGCCACUGAAUCAUACAAUUAGUGACGGGCUAUUGUCAUUAUUACAAUGACAAUGACAAUGUCAUUGUCGUUGUUGUUGUUGUCAUGUUAUCUCUCUCGACUCUCGUAAUUGACAACCUCGUCAAUAGUUGUCACUGUUAAUGUCAUUGUCACUACUGUUCAAUGUUGUUGUUAUCUCUUGCCUUUCUCAUAUCACACCCUAGCUUGAACAAAACCCAAUUAGGCUAGUACUGAAAAAGUGGUCUUUAAGCAUGAGAGGUACAUAGAUCUAUGUAAGUCAGCUUCAUCCCUGAAGAGGCUGAAAACCAUUUCCCCCCCAAAAUAUGAUCUGAGUUAUUCUCACUUUCCUGCAGAUCAAGCAAAGGGUUUAAGAAAACCAGUGACACAGAGAACUCUUAGUCUUACUCGACGGACUGUUCCAAGGAUGACAGUACUGAAUGGUAUGUUCUUUUUCUUAAUAAUUGAUUAGGUUAUCAAUAUCAUUAUUAUUAUCAUCAUCAUUAUUAAUAUUAUGAUUAUUACUAUUAUUAUGAUUAUUAACUCUCAUAACGAUAAGCUGUUAACAAAAUAAUUAUCUGUAGGAAGCUUGCUAGAAUGAAAACAAGCAGAGUGAAAACAUGCUUUAAUAUAUCGUUUUCUUUACAGUACAAGUAGCAUAUUCAUAUGCAAUGUCUGACGGCCACUUUCAUCAGGAACAUUAACGUACUUCUCUUUUAAACUACUUUACAUGACUUAACAAACAUUUUUCCUGUUUAAUCUACAGUAUGAAACUGAACUUUUGUCUCUUAUACCUUCUUAAGAAUGCAAGAUGGCACCAAAUUAUCCAGCACCUAAACAAGCAGAGGGCCUGUCAGUUGACUUUGAGACAAAUAGGACUCACAUUAAAGUCAGCUGGAAGGCAAUAGAUCCCUCAGAUACAGGUUUGCAAAGCAUACAUUGUUAGUACCAUUUACUUUGUCCUAGAAACCAACAGUUACAUGAUUUUUAAGGUCAUCCUCUUUUUUUUCUCCAUUUACGGUCAUCCGAUGGACCCAAAUUUUUGGCAUUUUUGGCAUAAUUCUUUUAAUCUGAAAAAUGAGUAUAGUAACAGCACAGAGAAAAACAGGAACAAAAACAUGAACAUUUUUCACUGUAUAUUGUACAUUUUGUUAAUCCAAAUAUGAGAAUGUUAACUUUUAACGUUGUCCUGGGGUACCAGGGCCUACCAUUCCGAGACUUCUUGUGAUUUUUUUUUGGUUUUUUUUUUUCAAUCUGACCGACCGACCGACCCAAUAUCAGGAAACGCAUUUGAUGGUAAACGAAGGAAAAAAUGGGGAUGGCCUAACUAACAUAAUUCUAUUUAAUAUGUAGUUUAAUAUAUAUUCGUUUUUCACAUAUUUCUACAAAUAUCAAAUUAUUAAUUAACACUUCAACUUAAUAGUCUGCGGAGACGGGAGGUCUCUGUGGGCAUUCAGCUGGAAAUGGGACAUUCUGUGGAAGGACUGCCGGAUUAAUACCAAAAGGCUACAAACAAAUUCAUCCCUUUGAAAAAAAAAAAGGCUGAAGAAUGCACAACUUACAAUAUGUUAUGAACUUAAAUCAAUAAUGCUGGCAGUGUAAGUUAAGGAUAAAUGAUAUUAUGAUUUGUUCCCAGGUUUCAACUGGACGGACUAUGCAGUGAUCUAUCAAGUUGGCGAAAAGAAAAAAGCCAGUUGCAAAGUAGUUCCAAAGGUUGGUGAACCAUAAACCUCUCGACAACUUUUUAUCAAAUACUUUCACUUCCAAAUCGAAAAGGACAUAAAUUUUUAUUCGCUCCCUUCCCUACUCUGCCGUAAUUUAACUAAGAACUUUUUUGCAUCUUGUUAAAGAUCACUGAUUUCGACUGUAAUAAAUAGUAUAUAAAAGAAAGGGACAUACAUCCAAGUAAGCUCUCCUGGCUUGCAAACUCAUGUGGAACUUCUUGUAGUGUUUGUUAUAGCAUCCUUGGUGCCAAGACUGUAUUUUCUUUUCUGUACAACUUAGUGUACAACUCCGUGGUUCAAGAACAUACAAAUGUUGCAAGCAUUCGGAACGGCCAGCGCGCCAUUUUGUCUGUUCACACUUCACUCGCUUAACCCCUUGCUCUGGAAAAAUGUUUAUGAAUAAAUUCGCUGACCUUACCCUUUAUACCCGUGGAAAUCAUCAACACAGCAAAAAUCAGUGCUCCAGUUGGAAAUCGACCACAGAACUUGGCUCAUUUACAGUUGGUAACCUUUACUGUUCUGUAAAAGCCCGCAGCAAUGCUUUGCGCGGGAAGUACUUGGUAACCGUUCCUUCAACCAAUUCCACAAAACCCACUGUUAGAGGGUGGUAGCCAUAUUACUGCGCCUCGUGGGAGGGACGAAAAAAUAUGCGUUUUGCAAUGGCGUGUUUAUCAGGAUGGAGAUCCGUGGCGUUAGUAACACUGAAACUGUGAAGAACCCUUGAAGUGGCCAGAUUUUUUCGCUUGAUCCACUUUGCACAUCCAGGGAAAGUACCACGAAAAAAGUUUCCAUUAAUAGAUUAUACGUUCAACUUAGUUUGUGUUGCCUCAACAAGUUUUGUUUCUUUGUGAACGGCGCGUUAAUUUUCUUCAUUUGGAAAUGUUACCCUUUCUUUCGCGUUAAUUUUCUUUAUUUGGAAGUCGUUUUCCAAUUUCAGUGGCGCCAAUUUCCAAUACCUUAACUUCAAAAGCCCAGGAGCGUUACUUUCCUAUAAUAAGAUAACAUCGCAAGACAGAUAUAAAAAAUAAAAACGUUGUUUUUAUAAUUCUAAGUUUGAUGAGGUUACCAGUAUUUUGUUCAAUCUGCAGAAUCAAACGUUCUACAUGGUGCCACAGGGACAUUUUUCAUACCCUGAUCCCUUCUACGUUUCGGUAUGUUUUAAACACUUAAGAUGUAAAAGCAGUUUACAUACAAUAAAGAUAAACAUAACAGGGAUCAAAGUGCUGGUUUCUUGUGUAAAAAAGUCAUUGGGCGCUUUCCAUUCAACAAAAAUUCCGGUUUGAGAUUUCGGACAUUCAACGUGCCCAACGGAACGAUCCUGUGACUCCGGUUGCACAGACCCGACCUUAGCCACCGCGCGUUUGGUUAUUGUUCUUGUAAGCAGCAUACAAAAGAGCGGUACAUGGGACGACAAUUAUGUCAAUUGGAAAGGGACAAUAGGGUCCGACGAGCAGAAAUGAUCAAACCGGUCGAAGUGGACCACCUUCAAAGCUCGUCCCGAAUAUUCAGGUCGGACCAAACCGAAAUGGUCCGUUUCAUGUUAUGUAUCAACCGAAAUUUCCGGAAUUUUGUGUGUUGAAUGGAAAGCGCGCACUUUUUUUACCUCAUGUAACAUCCGCAACCGGCCUGCUAUGUUAGUGGACCGUAGUGAAAAUUGGACGUACUGAGUGCUUACCACAGAUCAAAAAUUGUGGGUUGUGUGGUAAAUAGAGGGAGACCAAACUACUCAGGCAAAUUUAGCCAAACGAAAAUGGUGAUAGUAUUUGCGAGCAAUCCUAAAGGUUCAAAAACAAGAAAUUAACAAUGACGUAUCGCGAAUUCACUGCAGCCUUCCAACCAACGCACAUUGAUCUUUGCGUCGUUACCAACAUUUCGCAACAUAAGCGCACUCAACACUGUAAACAGUUUUAUUAACACAGAAAUAUUCAGAAAAAUAUAUCUCUCUCCUUUUUAUAUCUUUUUUUUUUUAAGUCUAGAAAAUUUUCAAAUACUUAGCCUUUAAAUGAAAAUGCUAUGUUGCAUUGCGAAUUUUCCUUCCUCCUUCAUGAAUUUGCAUCCGCUUUUUCAAAAUGAGAUCCCGGGAUUUUAUUACCUGAUUUGUCGAAAAUGUCCGAUUUCCUCUAGAAGAGAGCCCCUUCUUUUCUUUUUUUCUUUAUUUUCACUUUCCACUUGGAUAUCAUCCUUUUGAAGAGCAUUACAGGCACUUCAUAAGUUUUCUAAUAAAAAGGACCAGAAAGGUUAACUAUGUUAUUGCUCCUACGUGUUACAAGUAACGCCCUAGUUACUAGUGAAUAGUUACUCUGCCCUACACCGCCAUGCUCUAUAGUAUUAUUCAUUCUAUUCACUUUAUUCAUCCUACAUGUAGGUUGUUACACAUCCUUACAAUGGAGAUAGCUCGGUUCAACUAAGCUUAUUUACCCCCAAAGGUAAUAGUUUUACAUCAUGUAUUCCUUUACAGUUGAAGUUUGUAAGGGUUACCUUAUAGCAAUUUAAGUGAUGCAACAACAGAAUCAUACAGCCUAGACCUUUAGAUUCUAAGACGAGAACGAUUAAGAGUUCACGGUACUGAGUAUUGCUCACGCCUGAACCAGCGUCAUGGGCGGGAAAACGUGAUAGCCGUCGUCAUUUUACUAGUUUUAGCGCCUGUCGUAAUGGGGGAACAAGUUGUCAAAUGUUAAACUAAUUUUGUCACUGUGAGAUUAAAAGAAGGCUUAACCUCCUUCAAUGAAAAUAACUGACUGUGCUAACGUCUCUGGUGAAAAAGAAGUACAACUGAUGUAGCUUUCCGGGGUGAUUUUUGGAGAAUACGCGAAAAAACUUAAAGAUUAAAAUAUCUUUCUCGUAGUCGUAGUCGUCCUCGCCCUCGAAUCAAAAGGUCUUUAAUCUUCUCUACCUCUGACUGGACUAUAGCUACUUGUUGCAAAAUGGACCUUACUCUUAAAAUAACUAUUUUAAAUUUUAAUUUCUACUUUAUCGACAGUUACGAGACCAACCUUUUCUCCUAACAUUUCUGGUAAAGGUAGGCUACAUCUAGAUUUAUUCUAUUGUUACGUGCAGUACAUGUCGGAAUGAAUGUAUUCCAAUGCGCCUAUCUUGGUUUGUUUAAUUGUUUUAAUUUUUCCAGUGGUUUUCGAAGUAAACAUGGAUACUUGAUCGACGGAGUGUGUAGCUCUUGCGCCGGCACUAAGAUCGGAGCGCUUCUGUUGUUGAUUUCGGUGGUGAUUUCUGUAACGCAGCGAAGCUGCCAUUUCACAGUGCUAUAUUAACAUGACGAGAACGUACAACGCGCGUGGCUCCUAGACUUAAUGAGCAUUCAGUAAAUAGGCCCGUUGCAGCUAGUCUUUGACGCGCUACAAAUCCGCCAUACUGGAGAGCAAGAAACGCAAUGGGACAAGAGAAACAAAGGCCAAACAUCAGUUAAUAUGGUAAUUACUUUGUUUGUCUUCUCCUAGUGCGCCCCUUACUCUCCAGCGUGGCGGUUUUGUACCACGUGAAUGGCUAUCCGCAAAAGGCCAAUGGGCCACUUGCACUAAGAGGUCACGUGACCAAUGCUUCCUUUAAACAAUGAGUUGGAAUCUUGCUGAUGCCAAAAAUUGACAGAGCACAUAAAAAUUAGCUUACACCCGAAGUUUGGGAGGAAACGCAUUUAAGGGAGAUAUUUUAUGGCACUUUGAUUUUUCAACAAAGUAGUAUGAUUUGUAUUGGCCGCCAUGUUGGAGGGCAUACUCUUGCCCUCCAAUAUGGCGGCCAAAACUACUUUUUGCUUAUAUCUUAGCUUGUUAAACGUUUAAUAGUUACGCUCAGAUUUACUGUAAACGUUACCACAUCAUUUUUUCAACAUCCUCCUUGAAGUUUAAGUGGAAAGCUUGUGUCCAGAAAGAAGUAAUUCAUAAUUUUAAAAAUAACAUUUUGGUCACGUGACUAGCGAGGAACUUACUCAUUUUUAAAAAAUGCUGCGGGUUUGAAAAACUAAAUCACUAUUAUUUUGUUUAAGAUAUGACCCACUAAUCGUUUUUCGAAGGCAAAAUCAUACAACUUUCAUUUUCAUGAAAACUAUGUCACAUGACCUCUUAGUGCAAAUGGCCCAUUUGCACCGACUUUGAUUCAACUCUCAUAUGGUCUUUAACUUUGCAGACGCGUCUAAACUUGUGACUACUUCAGUCGUAGGAAUAAUGGCUGGAUUGUUGCUGUUACUGCUUAUAUAUCUUGCAUUCAGGUGCAGGAAGAAACGACAAUGUCCUGGUACGUCCAAGGCUUGCUAGAGGCAAAUGUUCUUUUUUUAGUUACUCUUUUACACAGUCUGAAAAAUGUAAUAUCUUGCUGUUUAAUUAUAUGCUUUUUUUAUAAUCAGUUUUUAAUUUUUUUUUUUUGAGCAUGAUAGCUUGUAAUAAGGCUUUGUAGAAAAAUAGAUUCCUGAUGUCUAUACAUCGUAGUGUCGCUGGAGUCAGGGCGUUGUAUCGUUCAUGGAACAAACACACAGGUUUAAAAAAAAACUGUUUUAAUGCAUUCUAUGUUUUCUUUGGAAUAAUUGAUUGUUGAAAAACAGUAAUACAAUUUCAACUCAGAUCCAACAUUGUACAGCAUUCCUUCGCCAGCCCCAUUCAGGCCAGAUAAUCCUAAAGGUAAGUAUAAAUAGAACAGUAGUUUGCACCUGUUUCAAUUUCACAACGAUUUCAUUUUCGUCUUUAAAACGACCUUGAAACCAGCAGAAUAUUUUCACAACCAUCAGGAAUGUUAUUAAAACUUUUAAGAGGAGAUUUUAAAAUCCAAAUCACCGGACUAGAACUGUCAAACGUGUGCGCACGAUGCAAAAAUUGCCAUUUCAGCCUGAAAGUGGACAAAAUUUCUGGGCCUAAACGGUCUUAAAAGAUCACUGACCUUUUCCACGCACAUCCGCUGUUCAAGUCAAAGUGUUGAAAGGCCAAACACGAUUUACAGCAUGUUACAAGCUCGGUAGAGUGCUAGUGUAAUUAGAGUUUUGCUUUGGACAAGAAUGUAGGAGAUAAGCGUUGGCUUUUCGUAUAUUUCUCUCUGUAAACGCUGGAUUAGGUGGCAUUUGCUCAUAAAGGUGUUCUCUUGGUGAGGCAACGGCGGGAUGAUACGUCCCUAGUAGGUUGUAACUGAACAAAAAGCCGGUUUUUUUCCAGUUUAUUGUUUUGUAGUAAAUUAAGCCGACUUCCGCUCAGCAAAUUCAACCUCCGAGGUAAAUUUUUUCAGUGAGAUUGUGAGGAAGGCUUUUAGUACGAAGGCAUAUGAGUUAUCUGAGCAGUUUGUUUUAAAAGUUUAAGGCCUUCACCCUUCAUGAGACCUUUCUGAUCUUUUCUGGAGUCUCGCACUGCGGGUCUUGCGUGAAAUUUCUCAGGUUUCAAAGAGCACGUUCUUAGUUAGACCCGACCGUAAUCUAGCACGAGGUUAGGUAAAUGUAGCGGUCAGCUAUAGUUUGUCUUAUCUUUGCAGAGGUGUACUACGCCUGCUACUAUCCGGAAGGAGAAGAUUUUCGAAAGCAGGUAGCAUCCAUCGUUAACUACUUCCGGCAGAAUGGCUACAACGUCAUCAUGGACGUCAUGGUAUCUGCAGAAAUUACUUCCCAGGGCCCCACGCGGUGGGCAGAGGGACAAAUAAGGAGGGCGAAGAAAGUGUUGGUGUUCUUAUCCCCGGGUUUGGUGAACCUGGCCUUAGAUGGACGAGAUAAUACACAGUGUCAGGUAAUAGUCAAGACUAUUUGAUACUUUUGAGUCUUAGUUGUUGUAGACAGCUCCACAGUUUUUCAGUGACAGCGCGUGCGACAAAAGAUCAGGAGACAUACGCACGUAGGUUACCAGUUAAGUUUAAAAAAUGUUCCUGACUUAGCUUGGUUAAAAAAAGUGUAUUCAGUUUUUAUUUUAUGAGCGGCCGGACUUCCAUGCGUUAAAAACUGAAGUUGGACGCAACAAGAACAUAGCAAUUUUGUCACGUAAAGCUACGUAAGAGCUAGCCUGAACUAUCGUGUGGGUCGCGCCUGUCUGACAUUCGGUGCAGAAUAUCAGUUGUCAUCCAUAAGUGGCAUUUUUAUCUAUUCGUGCCUUGUUUUGAGGACCUCUAUUGAUAACAGUCUUGUAAAAUAGUUACCUUGUAAAAUACUGAAAGAGCUACCCUAUUUAAAUAAUGUUUUCACUUAUAGUUCGGCUAUUUCGUUCUCGUAUAAAGUGUGAAACCUUCCCCCAUCUUCUCUAGCCUUGCACUGCUCCUAGCCGCUGUUGACUACGGUUCAGUGGCCUUUUUCUAAGUUUAAAAAAAAUGCCACUAGCUAGUUUUACUACCUUAGAACAAACGCCACCGAAUCGUAGUCAACGGUUGCCGGCACCCCUACCGUACAAACAAUAACCAGAGUUUAUUAACAUCAACGGACGUGAUACAACUCACUUUGACUCUGAAGGUGACUACCGCACAAAUUGUGGAAACACCUGUCACUGUCAACAACACUACUAUUCAGAACUAUACUCACUCGGACGAUCAUAUUCAACCUACUCAGUUAUGGAACGUUGUUUUUUGUUGUUGCUAGGAAAUCAACCGUGUUUGGUUUGAGCUGGAGGUACUUCGAGAUAUGUACACCAGGAAUCGCUCCGCCUCUAAGAUGGUAUGCUUGUUGCUGCCUGAUACGUCAGUCUCAACGUCAGAACUGCCUCUGUGGGCAAGAGUCAGCUACAAGUGGCCGCACGAUGUUCAGGAAAUUUUGAAGCGAUUAAACGAUAGACCGAUGAUACUACCGUUAUAAAAACUGCAUUGUAUAAAUUAGAAUGGACUCUGAGUUAUAGUAGACUUGGAGAGACAAAAUCGUUUUUAUUUUUAAGCUCCUUUUUCACGGAGAAACCUUGUCCGGGGUGGAAGGGUUACUCGCCUACCCGAGCUACCCUGGGCGAGCAAACGUUUCGUUCAUUUCCUCACAAAAAUCAGUGAACGGUUUGCACGA